UCUAGUGUGAGCAUGUGCCUGUAUCGUGUUUGUCUGGCGUGUUGAUCUGCGAGCGUUGUGUUUGGUAGUCUGGUGUGUUGGUGUGCCAGCGCUGUGUCAUUCAUCACUUUUCCAGUCUCGGUUGCAGUUUUUGAUCAGAGAUGCUGGUGAAAGGCACAACACAUUCGAGGAAGCAUCUAUGGAAAGAUUACCCAACACAUCUAUAGACGCUGCUGGUGAGAGGCGCAACACACUCGAGGAAGCAUCUAUGGAAAAUUACCCAACACACUACAGACGCUACUGGUGAGAGGCAGAGCAUACUUAAAAGAGCAUCUAUGGAAGGAUUACCCAACACAUCUAUAGACGCUGCUGGUGAGAGGCGGAGUACAUCUUAAAGGAGCAUCUAUGGAAGGAUUUCUCGACAUCUCUCUCGCCAUGGUUCAAAGUCUGCUAGCCUCCCUCUUUCCUUUCCAUUAAGUUUCUCGUUUUCUCUCAAACUUAAGUCCCCUGAUCUGGUGGCAAUCUCCCUAUAAAACCUGAAUGCUGCGAGACUCUAAGGGGGAUCAGGGUGACACUCAAGACCGAGGCAAAAUGCGAAACGUAGUUGAAAAUGAAGAGGGAAGGUUAAUCAAUCAACUUGUAACUACUCCUGUACCGCCCCACAGCAGCAGCAGCAGCAGCAACAGCAACGAGGAUGGUGUCUUUGAAGAUACACUUCUUGGCUUCAAGACAAAUAUUAGUCAUCGAACUUGACACAAGACAUCUCACCGAGUGUGCAGCCGUCACGAUACUGAAGCGGCAGGACGCAGUGGGGGAGGAGUCGUCGUGGGGCGGCAGGCUGGGCGGCCUUGACAGUCAGCGCGCCAUGUCGGUGUUCCGACAAGAAAGUCUUUCGGAGGAAGUGAACCGCGAGAGUGUCACCCUCACCACUGUGGCCGGAGGUAGCGUGGCACUCCAGUUCAAGGCAUCCAUUUCAUCCACUUCAUCCUCAUCCACGCAGACUACCAGCGAGACGGUUGUUCAGCGCAUGGUGGGUGGGGCAGGUGUGGGAGCGCAGACCCCUGGCAAUGGCGGCGGCAUGGUGUGCUCCACCUCAGAGAGCGUACCCCAGCCCAUGCAUGUGUCCACCGGCUGUCUCUCCUCCAUGGCCGGCCACGCCCCAACUUACACUUCGCCCACUAACCCAGGCUAUCCACAGAUGCCUGACUGGACUCUUAGCGUUCCUCUUGACCUCAAGGACAACACGGCGGGACUUGAGGGGGACCUGAGGAGGAAGGACCAGCUGAUCGAAGAGCUCAUCAAGCUGCACCCAAGCCAUGGCCUCAACAAGGUGCGAGGCGGGGAGGCGGAGGAGGCCCUUCGCAGUGACCUAGCAGGGAUGACAGUCAAGGUGGAGCGUUUGGAGCAGCAGGUGCGGGAUGGCCAGACUGGAGUGGCAGCAAGGGACUCCCGCAUCACAGAACUGACCCGCCAGCUGGACGCCCACAGACAGGAACAUGCCCGCCAGGCUGCCACUAUCGUCACCUUGCGGCAAAAGCUUCAGGAGGAGGAGGCUUGCACUGUGUCACUUCGAGCCAACCAGCGCCGUAAAGAGUACACAGUGGGCGCCCUCACGCGGGAGAACAGGCAGCACGCGGACCGCAUCAGCGAGCUAGAAUGUCGCCUCAAGACGCACCUGGAGGAGAGGGAGGCGGCGGAGCAGAGGAGCGAGAUGUCCUACAAGCGGCUGAUGGAGCUGGUGCGCGUGGUGACCUCCUCCCUCAGCCUGGGCGACCUUGACCCUCAGGACGCCCACGAGAAGCUGUCCAUCAAGCUCGCCGAACUCGUCCAGGACUGUGCACGUCUGAGGAGCGAGAUGGCGCGGCUGACGGAGGAGUUGGAGCAGCGGGAGGGGGAGGCGUCGUCGGCCAGGCAGACGGUGGCGCGGCUGGUGAACGAGCUGGAGGACGAGAAGCGUUCAGUGGAGGAGCUGAACGUAGCCUUAGUAGACUAUAGGAAGGAAACGGAUGACUUACGGACCAAGCUGCGGGCGGCGGAGGAGGAGGCAAAGAGUGUGCGGGAGAGGCUGCACAACACCAAUAAGUCCUACAACACCACCCUGGAGGAGCUGCAUGCCGCCGAGAGGAACCUGCAGCAGGCCAAGGACGAGUCAGUGGUCACAGAACACAGGCGGCAACAGACGGAGGCAGAAGGACGAGGAUUCCUCACGACGGUAGCGGCUUUGCUCUCUUGCCCUGAGAACCGCGUCGCCCCCGAACAGCAGGCCGUCACCGACCGUAUCCAGAGUCUGGUUGCCGCCAACAGGGAGGCAGCGGAGCACGUGGAGCGCCUGACCUCCCAGGUGACCAGCCUCGGGGAGCAGUCCAGGCGACACACGGAGCUUUACGAGACUGCGGUAAGGAGAGGCCGCCAGACAGAGGCUGACCUACAUGCCCUGUCCACCCGAUGCCGCCAGCUGGAGGCCGAUCAGGGCGCGGCGGAGGCUUCCCGCGAGCACCUCAUCAUUGGCAAGGAGAAGAUGGAGCGGACGCUGGGUAGGGUGGUGGAGGCUCUUGGUCUAGCAGAGAUGGGCAAGGAAGUGACCAACGACGUGGAGAUGAUCGUGUGCCGCUGCCAGCAACUUGUCAAGCUGGAGGGAGAGAAGAUCGUGGAUAAGACCACCACCGUGUACCAGCUGCAGCGGAAAGUGAAGUCGCUGCGUGAGGCGGUGGAGAGGAAGGACCUGCACGUGGACAUGCUAAGGAGAAAACUGGCCCUGACGGAGGACGCUGCGAGGGCCUCGCGUCAGCUGGAGGAGGAAAGGGACGAUGUCAUUGCCAAGUACAAGCGGCAGUGUCGGCUGGUGGAACGACUCAAUGCAGAGACGAGCGAAUCCCGUUUGCAGUUGAGAGAUAUGAAGGCUCAGCUUGCCCAGGCCGCAGAAGAUAAGGGCCAUGCAACCCAGACUCAGAAGAAGGUGGAGGAGCUGACAGCCAAAGUCAACGAGCUGGACACCAUAAGAUCCCGACAGCAAAAGAAAAUUUCUCACCUGAAGGAACAGGUGAAGGCCCAGGGCGAACACGUGUUAGAGGAGCGGCGUCUGAGCGAGGCAGGGCUAGAAAGUGUGACGCAGGAGCUGGCCCUCGCCAAGCAGGCCUUCCGCGAUGUCACCAGGAGGGAGAAACAACUCUCUGAGUUUCGGCGCACAGUGGUGGAGCUCCUUGGCGCUGACGGGGAGCCGGGAGUCGAGGGGGACUACGAGGCCAUAUGUCGCCUGGAGAGGUUGGUUGGGGCUCACAAGGAAUUGACUGACCUCUCUCGACGCCUCGAUGAGAUCACAGCGCCAUCAAGGCCGAGCAGCGCAAGAACGUUGACCAGCCGCUCGCCGCCCCUCAAGUCUCCCAUGCGACCUUCGUCAGGAAUGUCUCCACCGUUGAGGAUGGAGUCCCCCACCAGAUCUCCAGCAGAGCAGAGCUAUCUGGACAUGUCGGAGGAGCUGCGCGCCCUGGCAGAUGACACUCACAAUCUCCGCCCACACAUCCGAUCUGAAUACCCGUACAAACCCGCGUCACUUCAACUAAAGCCCUUUGAAGACUGCGAAGGUGUGGCGCGAAAGUGUUUCAGAAUACGGGCCUUAGAUGUACGUUAG